UCAAUAAACGCCAAGCGAAAUCAUGAAGUUGAUUAUAGUCAUUUUAGGAAUUUUAAAACUUGUGGACCUUUCCACUGCACAGUCUGACGUCGUAGGUAAAAUCACGAUAGGUUUCCAAGGGUGGUUUGCUGCGCGGGGUGAUGGAUCCCCAAUAAACGAGUACUGGCACUGGAGUCAAAAUUGGGGUCAACCCCCAUCCCUCACCAACCAUGUCAUCAAGUCCUACCCAGACAUGCGGGAAUACACCGAGUAUUUUGCCACUGAUUUCCCAGCCCUUGGGAACGGCCAACCGGCUCGAAUUUUCUCGUCUUUUAAUGACCAAACCCUCGACGUCCAGUUCCGCUGGAUGAGAGAGCACGAGAUUGACACGGUCGCCCUACAACGGUUUAAUCCAUUCGGUGGUGAAGGUUAGCUAUCACGUGUAAUUGAGGAUCAUUAAUUGGUUCAAGGUGAGACUCUCAUAUCAAAUAAUGAUUUUUCUAGUAAUUAAUACUACCAUGAAUUAACUCAAAGGAUCAAGGUCUUUACGUUAUCGGAGGAGUGCCCACACAUUGGCGAAACGGGAACGAGGACUCGAGACCAGGUUUCAUGGAAGUCUACACAGCAUUUCACAUGAUUUCUCCCUGGAUGGUGGGUCGCAUUGGAAGUAUUCCUGACGUCGAUAACUUUUACAACAACGUGCAGACACCUGAUCAUGACCUUCUACGUACCCUUGGGAUCGAUUAUCAACCCUGCGUCCUACCCGGUGACCUCUUCGAGAGACAAAGGCAACACGGAGAUUUCAUGUGGAGACAAUUUUACAACAUGAAGAGGAUCGGAGUGGAGGGGAUUUACAUUUCCAUGUGGGACGAAUACAAUGAAGGAAACCAGAUUGCCAAGACGGCAGAAGAUAACAGCCAGAUUCCAGUGGGGUCCCCGUUUUUACCUUUGGAUGAGGACGGCGUCCGUUGUUCGGCCGAUUAUUACCUUCGCCUUACUCGUGACGGGGGACGGAUGUUGAAGAAUGAGGCUCCUCUCACGGAGCAAAGGCCAACUGUCCCUUGGCCAGCAUAGAAUUAAUUUAAGACGCAGGAAUUAAUUAUUAAAGAAUAUUAAAAAUAAAUUAAGGUGUAAGAAUAUGGCAACGCCCUUAUCGUACAUUUUUAUUUUCCAAAUUCCAAACGCCUUACAAAAUUUGUGCCAUCUCAACCAAAGUGAAAUAAAAAAUUGGACUGAAAUCCUUCACACUCUA